AUGGGCCACCCCGACGAGUCCCGCCCGCCACCCCCAGAGAUCCCUUCGGAUGGGUCACUAUCUCCCUGCAGGUGUCAACCAGAUGCCUCUGGCGAUCAACAUUCUCCUUCGAACCUAACUACCGCCUGGCCGGGCCCCCACCGGCUGGAAUGCGCAGCCCAACCCCCCGAGGCCCCGGCACGCCCCCGCCGGUUUGUCGCCCAGCCGAUCGAAGUAUCGUCACGAAGCUCCAAGGCCCAACAGACGGCCGUGUCCAAUAAAACAGACCAGGCCAGACAGACUGGACCUUGUCCACCCCGGAAAUUCUUGCCAAACCCAAUCGAAACAACUAAGUCAAGCAACCGACGAGUCAAGUCGCAGCAAGACAAAGAACCGGCAUCGACCACGCCUGCCCAGAGUGGUCCGCGGAGGUUUAAACCCGAGGUCAUUGAGACAGACACUCGCUCCGUGAGAAGGAGCAAGUCUCUCCCACAAGCUCGUCGCCGGGACUACGACCUACCCGAAUCCAAAUUUUCCUAUGCAAAUCUUCUAAACCGCCAGGAGGCUUCCCGCCAUUCAUUCCGUGUUCCAGAUCUUCCCUCCAUUCCUUCAAACAGCAGCGAAGACUCCGAUGAUUCGGAAUCGCCAUCAUUAGCGACAUCUUCAUCUCGACUAUCUCACAAAGACACUCGGAAACAGCAGAAUGAAAAGCGCCACCGGGAAAGCUGUGACGAUGCCUUUUCAGAGUACUUACUAUCGCUGGCUGCCAUCACCGCAGAGGAGCAACUCAGAGAUCAGGCGCUAGCGGCAUUCCCUAACGAACAAGUCCAUCAACCGGUCGAUCACUUUGCAAUUGAUGAAGAUGAGAGAGACCUCGAAGAAGAGGAACACACUUUCCGCCCAGAACAGAUCAAAUCACGGCGCCAGUCAUCUGCCGACCUUUCCUGGGAACUGGAGUACAUGCGCCAGCACAAGGAGGAGGCGGAAAUGCGAUUAAGAGCCAUGGUUGCGUCUCGACAUGCAGGUCCAAAGUCAAAAGCCCUCCCCACACAUUCAGUAGGUCCUUUGGAUGGUCGAUCAGAACAGCAGAAGCAAAUCGCAAGCCCCCCGAUGCUGGGAGAUGAUGUCGUAAUCCCCCAAAGCCUGUCUCCAGUGGGAAGUCUGUGCGAAAACACUAACGGGGAGAAGAACACGUCGGUGUCACCGCAGGACCCGUGUGCACAUUGUGGCGGAUUGUGGUGCGCCGCACCGCUCGCAGAGAAUGGAGGUACCACCGGCUUGUGGAUGGGCACCUGCCGUCGCGGGAGCCGUGAUGUGAGUGAUAUGCACGAGAUCGGGCGUGGUGUAAUGACACCCGCUGCUCCGAGCCAUAGCCCACAGGGUAAUGAGGAUUGGCUUGGUUCGAAUUCACCAGACCCUUGCGGUCUCCAGGAGAGGGUCAGUCCCAGCCCUCGAAAAACCACCCUGGAUGAAUUCCAUGACGGGUUUGUAACCCAAAUCUACAACUAUCUUUCUCUCGGGUAUCCGUGCCUAGCUCGGUACUACGACCGCGAACUGAGCAGGAUCUCGGGCAUUUCGGUCGAGCGUCUGCGCCAGGAUGAUUUACAGACGGAUGCGAAGGGCUAUGUGGUCGCUUCGACGAGCACUAGCCAACUCUCCUGCAUGCGAUGGAAGGCUCUGCGCCUCUAUAUACACGAGUGGGCUCGGCAACAGCCCAGCAUGGAAGACGACACCAAUGUCGAGGCCUGGGGGAUGCGGGAACGUCGGGGCAGUUGGGCUGUUUGA